GAAGAAGAACACACAUAGAUGCUAAUUUCUCAACCAGCACACUCAGUACAGUAACUUAUUUACAGCUCUGCUUCUAUCUCUCGCUGUGAGAGUGUGAGGAUAUGGAGGAGUAAGAAGGAAGGGAGCAAUUGUAUACAGACGGAGACAUCCUCCUGGCUUUAAUAGCAUUCUAAAUUCACAUAUCCCUUUAUUCCACACAUUUUUUUUUUUUUAAUUUUUCUCUCUUCCUCCAUCAGAUCCAAUUCACAUUCAUCUCCCUCCCCUUCUCUUCAUAUAUAUAAAUACAUCAUCUUGCUGCUUGUGUACUUAACAUUUUGGGUGCUUUGUGGAGGAACACAAGCUCAUAACCACUAAUAAUGUUGAUCUACGGACCCCUAACACCUGGUCAGGUGUCAUUUUUUCUUGGAAUUAUACCGUUAUUUGCGGCAUGGUUGUAUUCCGAGUAUUUGGAGUACAGGAAAAAUACGGCUUCUUCCAAACUGCAUUCUGAUAUCAAUUUGGUUGAGUUGGGAAAUGAAGCUGUUAAAGAAGAUGACAAAGCUGCUCUUUUGGAGGGAGGUGCUCUUCAGUCAGCAUCUCCAAGACCUCGCACUUCAUCUGUAACAUCUCAACUCAUCAGGUUCUUCCUGAUGGAUGAAACAUUCUUGCUUGAAAAUCGGUUGGUUUUGAGAGCUAUAUCAGAGUUUGGCGCUCUUUUGUUCUAUUUCUACAUAUCUGACCGGACAAAUAUCUUUAAAGAAUCAACAAAGAGUUAUAAUCGGGAUCUUUUCCUGUUCCUCUACUUCCUGCUCAUCAUUGUCUCUGGAAUUACUUCAUUUAAGAUCCACCAUGAUAAAUCCCCUUUCUCAGGAAAAUCCAUAAUGUAUUUAAACAGGCAUCAGACAGAGGAGUGGAAAGGUUGGAUGCAGGUGUUGUUCCUGAUGUACCACUACUUUGUUGCUUCAGAAAUUUAUAAUGCUAUAAGAAUUUUUAUUGCUGCUUAUGUAUGGAUGACUGGAUUCGGGAAUUUCUCAUAUUAUUAUAUCCGAAAAGAUUUUAGCCUCGCAAGAUUUUGCCAGAUGAUGUGGCGGCUUAAUUUCUUGGUGUUCUUUUGCUGCAUUGUUCUAAACAACAGUUAUGUGCUAUACUACAUCUGUCCGAUGCAUACUCUUUUCACUCUGAUGGUUUAUGGAGCCCUUGGUAUUUUUAACAAAUAUAAUGAAAAUGGCACCGUGAUUGCUAUCAAGAUUGUGGCUUGCUUCUUGGUUGUUAUUCUGAUCUGGGAAAUACCUGGAAUGUUUGAGCUUAUUUGGAGCCCUUUCACUUUCUUUCUUGGAUAUUCCGAUCCUUCAAGACCAAAACAGCCCCUAUUGCAUGAAUGGCAUUUCCGUUCUGGCCUUGACCGUUACAUAUGGAUAAUUGGAAUGAUAUAUGCAUACUUCCAUCCUACAGUGGAGCGAUGGAUGGAAAAACUUGAGGAAACUGAAGGGAAGCGUCGGAUAUCUAUCAAAACAGCUGUUACGAUAACUUCACUGGCGAUUGGAUACCUCUGGUUCGAGUACAUAUACAAGCUUCCAAAGAACACAUACAAUAAAUAUCAUCCUUAUACAUCAUGGAUUCCAAUAACAGUUUUCAUAUGCUUACGAAAUGUUACCCAGUCAUUCCGCAGCUACUCAUUGACACUAUUAGCAUGGCUCGGGAAGAUAACUUUGGAGACUUACAUCUGUCAGUUCCACAUAUGGUUAAGAUCUAGUGUACCAGAUGGGCAGCCUAAAAAGUUGCUGUGUUUGAUCCCAGAGUAUCCAUUGCUGAACUUCAUGCUUACAACUGUGAUUUAUGUAGCUGUUUCUUAUAGGCUCUUUGAAUUGACAAAUACAUUAAAAUCGGCAUUUGUACCAAGCAAAGACAACAAACGGCUGGGCUAUAAUGCAAUUGCUGCCUUAGUAAUAGGAAGUGUCAUAUACACAUUGUCUUCUAUAUUCUUGAGGCUAUCUCAGAUAAUGAUAUAAUAAAAAUAUAAGCUGCUGCUCUGCAAAAGAAUGGAAAGAGCCUAGAUAUCAACAACUGCUCCCUUACAGCAUAAUAGGCUGUUGGAUACUUGCAAAAGAAAAAUUAUACAGUACUUGUUUGGAUACAUUAUUAUUAGUUGUCACUGCAAAAAUGGUGAAUUCAGGGGUGUAGUGUUAUUCUUUGGUUAGGAUUGUUUGUUUGUAUAGUAGCAGCAAGUGAUGAUUCCAUUUCAGAGGUUGGGUUCAGUUUUGUCAUACAGUGCUGCUGCUACACAUAAUUGCCACUUGCCCCCAAUUAUAAUACACACAUAUAUACAUGUACGGUACGGCUU